CCUACUCAUUCACACAUACACAGAUAAUCUCCGCCUGACACACACACACAUAAAAAAAAACACCCCACCCUGCUCCGCUGCCAGCUGUUUCUGGUUAGGCCUGCGGUGGAGAGGAGGCGCAGGCAGACCGGAGUCAUGGAGCGGCAGCUAGAGCUCGCCGCUCUCGGUCUGGGCUUCACAGGGUGGCUUUGUGCCGUUCUGACACGCUGCCUGGCUCUGUGGAAGGUGAGCGGCACCCUGCACAACACCACAGCUACUCUGCCUGCCUACUGGGAUGGGGUCUGGCUGGAAUGGGACCACUGGGACCUGGCCCACGAUGGCAGCCUGCACUGCUCCUUCUACCAGUCUCUCAUGUCUCUUUCUGGAAGCUUUCGGACGUGGAGGGCCCUCAUCAUGGCAGCCAUCGGAGCUGGGGCCUUUGCUGUGGUGAUUGGAGCAGCGGGGGCGGUGUGGUUCCCUCUGCGGGGCCAGAUCAAAGUCUUUUCUGGUACUCUCUUUGUUUUGUCUGGGAUCCUGCUGCUGAUCCCCACAGCCUGGACGUGCCAUCACACCAGUCAGCCACUGGAGGGUGCUGUGCUGCUGAGAAGAGACUGGGGCCCGGCGCUGUACCUCGGCUGGAUCUCCUUUGCGCUGUUGCUGGUCGGCGGGGUGUUUCUCACCACAAGGUGCCCCACCGGUGAGAGGCAGGUGCAGCAGCCCGACGGGCGCAGGGACCCAAACGCAGAGGGGGAGGCCAGCCACCCGCUGAGCAGGAUCAACAGGACUGCGUUCACAAACAGCCAGUAUGAGCGCAGAUCGGAGCACCUCUGAGGGGACUGAGAUGCUACCUUUCAUUGUGACUCCGUGUGAGUGGAGAACUGAGUGAUCCUGCACCGGCUGAACGGAACAUUGAAAAGCAGACGCGCAGCGGUGGAUCACUGACCAGUUUUACUGAGAGGGAUGUGACCCGGACUCAGUUUCUUUCAUUUCUCUUGAAGCUAACAUACGGUUUAUUCUGCAUAGCUCUGUCUUACAUUCAGUCCUCAUUUACCCACUGCAAUGUCGCUGUAAAAUUAUACUUCAGUUUGCUUUACGGGGUGCAGUUAUUUACACCACUGUGAGUUUAAGACUUCACAGCCGCAGAUACGCCUUAUAAACUGUACUGUCUUAAAUGUGAAUGAGUUGUAUUGGUCUUAAACUAAACACUGUAGUGCGCGUGCGCUGUGCUGUGCUUCAGAGCGACGCAGCCUCGUGGUGCUGUUGUUUUUGAUGAGGGUGGCAGAAAUGUUUACACGUCACACGAAUUGUUGUGCACAAAAGGACAACGUGGCAAUAAAGGAUUGUGCUGCCCCACUUCGGUCGUGGGUUCUAGUGGUUCUGACUCGUUCUGCCGCGGAGCGCUCGAGGUGCUGAGGUGAGCAGUAAUCAUGAAACGUGAACUAAAGAUGGAAAGGAGGCACACCUGUCGGCGCUUUGGUAUUUCACUAAACGAUUCAGUCUGCUGUAGAACCACCAGGUGUGAAACUGCACUUUUGUGGCUCACGCUCGCAGAUCUGCUGUACAACAUGCAUGUUGUGUUUCCGUUUGUUUACUCAAUGAUGUCAACAACAGCGUGCCAGAAUAACUAAAAGCUUUUCCUCACCACCAUAAAACCUUUUCACAUUUUAUUUAAUAUUUUGGUUGUGUUGUUUUGUAUUAUUUGUUUUAUUUAUGUGAGCUUUUUGAUUUUUUUUUUUCUUUUCAUAUUCAAAUUCUCAUGUCUGAAUAUUAAGAAUUAAAAAUGAAUCUGAAUUUGAAUGGGUGUAUAUUUAUUAUAUCAGUGGCAUAAAAUAGUGUUUAAAAUGACAGUAAGAUAACUAAUCACAAUCACUUCUGGGACAACAUCAUCCCAAAAACAAAAAGCAGUUAUGGUGACACAGCGAAGCUCACUUUGUCCUCAUGCUGCGUUUUCUUUAAAGUCAGGAAGCCGAGAUUCUUUGUGUUCUUCUGCACUUAAUCAGCUUGGAGUUUGUACACGAGCACAAUCACUGGGUUUAAAACAUUUUGUUAAAUAUUUAUUGCUACAGAGCAACCUCAG